AUGUUCACCAUCACUAAAAUCUUCGUCGCUUCGCUCGCUCUCGGUGCCGUUCAGGCUCUUCCUCAGCGUCUUGGGGCAAGGCAAGAUAUGAUCGCCAGUUCCACGUCUGCCGCCCCGGCAGCGCCUUCUUCGACGCCUGUCGACUUCGGCGGCCUCCUGACAGCUCCUACAGCUAUCAAGCGUUUCCAACAGCUUCUGACCCAAGGAGAAGGUGAUGACAGAGAGCUCGUCAAUGCGAAGGAUCUCCGAAAAAUGACCGUCUUCACCUUCGACAACAAAACCGUGCCGCCCAAGAACUCGCUUGGUGGUGUUGCGGUUGCAGCUAACAUCGAAACAUUCCCUAUCCUUACCGGCCUUGGUAUCAGCACCACUGUCGGCUUCCUUAAGCCCUGCGGCAUCAACUCUCCUCACGUGCAUCCACGGGCCACCGAGUUCCUCACCUUGGUCGAAGGUGACAAUCUUGAAUUUGGCUACGUUCUAGAGAAUGCUCUUGUGGGACCCAUGAAGAACCCAGAAAUCGCAGGCGCCCUCAAGAAGUUCGACGGCACUGUCUUCCCCCAAGGUUCCAUCCACUACCAGUUCAACAACAACUGCCAAGAUGCGACAUUUGUGGCGACUCUCAACUCAGAGGACCCUGGUACCAGUCAGAUUGCGCAGAACUUCUUUGCGCUCAACCCUCAGGUUGUUAACGCUGCCCUUAACGCCACACAAAUCAACGGCAAGGACAUUGAUAAGUUCGCUAAGACCCUCCCGGUAAACCUCGUCCAGGAUGUCAAGGUCUGCUUGGCCAAGUGCGGGUACUAA